UGUGCGAAACGACGUGUUCGAUGCGAAAGGCCAGAUCCGGAGCGAAGAUUCGUUGUCUACACAGCGACACAUACCUUGACUGAACCCGAGCGAGAGCUGGCAAUGAUACGAAACCAAUCAGGAUUUGUUGAUGCAGCUAACCAUCAAUUAAAUUCGGAAACGACAAACCCUGAUGAAAACCUACGCCUCAAAGUCCCGGACCCAGUCAGCCCUACAGAAGACCUGCGCAAUGAAACAAUCGCUGGUCUAUAUCAUCAUUAUAUCGAGCAUCUCGCACCUUGGUAUGAUCUCUGUGAGCACGAUCGCUACUUCGAAUCUCUGGUCCCAUCCAGAGCACUGGAAGUAUCGGUUUUGUUCAAUGCCAUCAUUGCAUUNUCAGCUCAACACAGAGCAUUGACGGAUUCUCGCUACGAGGAUUGCAGCACAUUGUAUCAUAACGCCUGCAUACAAGGGCUUCUUAGUGGGCUCAGCGACUUCGACUCGACCUUGCAAGAGGACUAUCUGGUAGCAGCCUGCCUGUUGCGCUCAUACGAGAUUCUGAGAGCGGACUCAAGACAAGAGCAGCGCCAUCUCUUAGGUGCAUAUCGGUUCUCAUCGACAGAAGAGAUUGACAUGACCACGACAGGCUUGCUCCAGGCGGGCGCUUGGAACUACCUGCGUGAGGAGAUCACAGUCGCACUGGAGUGUCGAAGAACAGUACGGCUAAACGUUUACCUCGAUAUUCGGUCUGCAGUCAUUCAAUUAGAGAGCAUGCACGCCAAUACCAUCACCUUUAUCUUGGCACGUGUAAUCAAUAUUUGUUUCGACCGAGACGAAAACGGAGAGCCCCUAGGUUCCAAGGAAGAUGACUGGGUAGAACUAAACGCUGACCUUGUGUUUUGGAGGAACAAUCUACCGACCACCUACGCAGCAUACUCGCGGGCUCCGAUAUCAGACAAUCCCUUCCCGUCUGAAUGGUAUCUACGACCAUGGCACACUGAACAGUACUACUUGACUGCAAAGACUUUAUUGCUGCUAUACAAUCCAGAUACAGAACCUGAUCUCAAGAACGUGCAGAGGUUGUGCGGUAUAGCCUAUACAAACGAGAACAAAGCCGCGAGAGUCAAUGCUUUUGGACCCAUAGCU